UGUCAUUUUAUUGACGGACUUGCCGGCACAUGCUUUUCCCCCCAGAAAUUGGUCGAAGAAAUGCAAGCGCUGCUAUUUCCUCCCUCCCUAUCCAGUGUUUUCCGUGAUAAUGGCUUUCUUCUCUCCGAGUUUCCACCUCAGAGAGACCUCACAGAUCUAGCUAGACUGUGAACUCAGCUGGAACACACUGCUAUUAAAAUGACCGAAGAACCCAUAAAAGAGAUCCUGGGAACCCCAAAGUCCCCAAAGCAGGGGACAAUGGAGAAGAACACCAAGAAGGAAGUUGUGAUCAACACAGUACCCCUGGUCAGUGAGAUUCAGCUAACAGCCGCUACCGGGAGUGCUGAACGCUCCUGCUACCAGUGCCUUAAUCCCUUUGCUGUGGUAGUCCGCAUCACCGGGACAGUGGUCACCGCUGUGGCUUACAGCUUCAAUUCUCAUGGCUCCAUCAUCUCCAUCUUUGGCCUGGUUCUUCUGUCCUUGGGGCUCUUUUCAUUAGCCUCUAGUGCUAUGUGCUGGAAAGUGAGACAAAGGAGCAAGAAAGCCAAGAGACGGGAGAGUCAAACAGCUCUGGUGGCCAAUCAGAGAAGUUUGUUUGCCUAAGACUGAUUGAGACCAAGUGGGGUGGUGUGGCCUGAAAACCUGCUCUCACUUCCCCAGACAACCCCCACCGGACAUACCCAGAAUUAAUUUGGGGGACAGUGGCCUUAGCCUUGGAACAAGCCAGAGGAAUGGGGAUGGAUGGAAGAUGGAAGGGCAGAGAUGAAGAAUAACCUUUUAAUUCUUUCAUGACAAACUUAACUAUAAGGGCUAUUCAAAGACUGGAAGUUAG